CUACGAAAAAACACUUUAUUAAGAAAGCUGCAAGAGACAACUUCACUGCAGAAUAAACUCAAGUUCGUGACCAGAAAAGGAAGGAUAAGUCUGUGGCAGCGGGGGCGUGGUCAAGCAUCUCUCUGGAGAGAGAGAAAGCGGUAAGGGCGCUUACACCUGAGCCAAAUUAUGUCUAACACCUGUCUCUAAUUUCAGUAAGCACGGGGAGAGCGGAUAAAUAGAGCCACACCCCAAGUAGAAGGGGAGAGCCUGGGCACCGCAAAACUGAACAGAAAGCAAGAGUUUUAUGAUGGAACAGAACCAGAGAGAGUUUGGAGGACUCCUUAAAUGAAAACAAGACAUUUAAAAUGGUUAAAUACAAACAGAGAAAACUUAUGAAAAAAAGAUACAUUAAAAAGGGAAACAACAUCCAAACGCACUUCGGAAAUGUAUCCCAACAAAAUAAUAACUUUGCACUUCAUAAUACAAAUAAUAAUGCUGUAUCACCCGGCCAACCGUCGUUUCUGAACCCAAGUCAUUUUAACGUCAAUAUUGAUCAGAAAGAUGGUGGCGCAAUACUGGCUCCAAACAUACUUGGAACUAACAUUACUGGCGACGUUCACAUGAACCUACAUAUGCAACCGGUGCCACACACAACCUCAAUAAACAGAGACGAAAUUCUUCAGAACAUAAAGAAUAAGAUAAAGUCAAGAAUGCUGAAAGAUUCUGAGAGGAUUUUGGAAGGAAGCACAUCAAAGUCAGCCUCUCUAAACAAGAUCUACACACAACUGUUCAUCAUCAGUGAUGAGUCAGACCCCAUCAAUAAAGAGCAUGAGAUCUGGCAGAUUGAGACAUCACACGAUUUAAACACCUCCAUGAUGCCGGUCAUAAACUACAAUGAAAUCCUUCAGCCACCCAUGGAUGAGAGUAGAACAAUGAAGACCAUUUUAACGAAAGGAAUUGCUGGAAUUGGGAAAACGGUCACAGUACAGAAGUUUAUCCUUGACUGGGCAAGUGGAGAAGCUAAUAAAGAUAUAGACUUUGUGCUCCUGUUCCCAUUCCGAGACCUGAACUUGCUUGUGUAUGAAAAAAGUCUUUUUGACCUGGUUUGUAAUUUUAACCCUGAGUUUAAAGAGGCAACUGAUAUUCCUGAAUGGAUCUUUGAUAGGAAAGUUCUCUUCAUCUUUGAUGGUCUUGAUGAGUACAAAAACCCUUUGAACUUUCAAAACACCUUUCUGUCAAAUGUGACUCAAAAAGCCACCGUGGAUAUCCUUCUAACAAACCUUCUCAGAGGUAAACUGCUGCCCUCUGCUCACCUGUGGAUCACCAGCCGACCUGUAGCAGCUGGACAGCUACCAAAUGAGAUCUUCAAACAGGGAUAUAUUACACAGAUCAGAGGAUUCAAUAAUGAGCAGAAGGAGGAAUACUUCAAGAGGCGAUUUGAGGAUCCAAAACAAACCCAAGAGGUCAUCUCUCACAUAAAGUCUCAUAGGAGCCUGUGGAUAUCGUGCCAUAUACCUCUCUUUUGUUGGAUUUCAUCUGUGGUUCUCGGAGACGUAAUUGAAGGACAAAACAAUGAUAGGAUUAAGAACAUUCCGUCAAGUCUAACGGAAAUGUAUAUCCACUAUCUGCUCAAUCAAACAAGAUUAAGCCACAGGAAAUAUGGAGGGAAUGAGCUGGCAUUCCCAGAAGUUCUUAAGAAUCACAAAAACCUUAUUUUGAAAUUGGCAGUGCUGGCGUAUUGGCAGCUGAAAGCACAGAAUGUCGUCUUCAAUGAAAAAGACUUGGAGGAGUAUGAGAUCACUGUUGAUGAAGCUUCUCAAUAUCCUGGUGUCAUUACCUGUGUCUCAAAGUGCGAAUUUGGAUAUUUCCAGACCAAACUGUUCAGCUUCAUCCAUCUCAGUGUACAAGAAUUUUUUGCAGCCCUGUUUGCCUUUCACAAAUUUCUGUCAGAAAAGCAAGAUUCCCUGGAAUGCAUUAAAGCAAAAAAGGGGCAGAGGGAUUUGUCUAAUUUUUUCAAAGGUGUGAUUAAUGAGGCCUUGCAAAGCAAAAGUGGACACUUGGAUCUUUUUAACUGUUUUCUGUUUGGAAUUUCUUGUGAUUCCAGCAUAAAGAUACUUGAAGGACUUCUGCCUCAAUCUCGAGGCAGUAGUUUAGAUGGUCACAAAAAGGUGAAAAUGUACAUUAAAUCUUUGAAGAGGAAAGGUCUGUCUGCUGAGAGAUGCAUCAGUCUUGUUCGUUGUCUUGUGGAGCUCAAGGACAUGUCUUUCAAGAAGGAGAUGCAAGAGCUUGAACGCUCACGAUCCAAAGAGCCCCUCACACUGUUUCAGUGCAUGCUUCUGGCUUACCAGUUUGUUUGCUCAGAUAUGAACCAUGAUGAGUUUGAUCUCAGGAAAUACAAUAUGACUGUAGAAGGGUUUCGGAGAUUUUCCCCAGCCAUCACAUGCUUCAAAAAGGCUCUGCUCAAAGGCAGUGACAUCACAGAGGAGCAUUGUGAUAUUAUGACCUUUUGCCUGAAGUCACCGAACUCUCAACUGACUCAUCUUGAUCUGAGUCACAAUGGUCUAGGACUGUCUGGACUGGAGAAGCUUUUCAAGGCAUUCUGUGAUCCCAACUGCCAAAUCCAGACACUUAACCUCAGCCACAAUAACCUCCAAACUCAGGACGUGAAAGUCAUCGGAGAUAUGCUCUCAGGACCAAAUAUAAGCCUCAGAAUCUUGGACCUCAGUGACAAUGAUCUGGACGAUCCAGGAGCUGAAAUUCUAUCUUAUGGACUGCAGAGCACGAACUGUCAUCUUGAAAUUCUCAGACUUUCAGGCUGUCAAAUUAAAGAAAAAGGAUUUAAUCAGUUGGUAUCCUCUCUUCAAACCAAUUCUUCAUGUCUGAGAGAGCUGGACCUGCGUUAUAAUAACCUUGGAGACUUCGGACAGGAAAGUCUUCUACCCUCAGUGAGAAUUUCUAAAGGAGGACUUUGCAGUGACAAACCAGGAUUGUACAAAUAUGCUGUCCCGCUCACCUUUGACCCUCAGACAGCUAAUGAAUUCCUCUACCUGUCCAAUGACAACACUGUGGUGACUCGUCAGAGGAAGAAACGACAACCUCCUGUUCAUGAUGAGAGAUUUGACCAGAGUAACCAGGUCUUGUGCAGCCAGCCACUGAAAGGAUGCUGCUGCUUUACAAUGGAUGUAACUGGUACAGACGUGUAUGUGGGCGUGGCCUGUAAGAGUAUUGAGAGGAAGGGGCAGAGUAACCGGGUACUCCUGGGACACAAUAACAUGUCAUGGAGUUUAUGUUGCUCAAAAAAUGAAUGUGUGGCCUAUCAUAACCAAAGAACUGUAUCACUUCCUCAUGCAGAGCCCAUCGGCAAACUCUGUGUAUUCCUCGACCAGGAGGCUGGUACUCUUUCCUUCUAUAGGUUGAGCCCAAAAAGAAUCUUGUACACGUUUGAUGCAAAUUUACCAGAGAAUCAAGACCUUUAUGCUGCGUUCAGGAUUCAGGAGCCAGAUAGCUCUGUCAUUUUGAACUGUUAGAGCAUUGUUUGUUUGUUUGCAUGUAUUUUGUCCUGUAAGUCCUCAGUUGUACAUAUAAAAAAAAAAGACUGGAUCAAAUUAGGGUUGCGCGGUAUACCAGUACUAACGAAAUACCGCGAUACCAAAAAUGUAAAACUGUACAAUAUCAUCUUGUUGUUAAUUUCGGUACCAUAUUUAAGUAUGCUGCCAUUAACAAAAUGUAAUGUAACGACAGAAAAAUAUUACUACUGUAUAAAAGUGUAAUAUUCAAAACAGUCGCAAUAAUAUUCAUAGUAACGAUAAUAUAAUAUGAAAUGGUUAUAUUAUUAGUAUUAUUAUCUGUAAGCAAUAUCACAUAAUCAAGUGCACUGAAUAUCAGCAUGUUGUGAUUCAGCCGUGGCAAGCUUUUGCCUCAGGUGAUCAGAUUGUUUUCAUUAAUAAUGUAAAGCUGUGUUGUGCUUUUUUUUUUUUUUAAACAAAAAAUAAAGAUAUAUAUAGACAGACAGAUAGAUGAAAAGUAUUAUAUUUUCAUUAGAUUAAAGCAGUACAGUAUGUAUUUGAUUAAACACUAUUUGAUCAUAAUAUGUAAUUAAAACAUUUAACAUGAAAUCCAGAACAAUUAAAACAGAAAAGGCAUAAUUUGUAUCUGUAAGACUUUAUGCAGUUGUUUUAGACAAGUCAUUUUCUGUGGGUAUCAGGGCUGGUAUCGUAUCGGAGCAACCCUAGAUCAAAUGUAGUUUCAAUUUAUUGGACUGAUCCUUUUAUUUUAUUUAAAUUUUUUUUUUUUUUUUUUUUUUAUAUGCUCUCAAAUGACCCUUGACCCUAAUGUGAGGGCAAAGUCCUUUUUGUUCUUUUCUGGUACAGUGCAGUUUUAUCUCAUGUUUAUGACUUAUUCUUCAAAAUAAACAAACAAUCUCUGAUAUGAUGUGUACAGUACAUGAUUCAGUGGUAAUAUUGUUCUAAAAUUAAAUUGACCAAACAUCUCCACUCUUUGUGAAACCAGUUCUUUGGAUCGCUCAAAUAUC